AUGGUUACGCCUACUAGGAUGACGUUUUCUAGUUCUACUCCUUCGAUUGGGACGGCUGGAGCUGGAGCUGGGACUGAGACUGCUUCUACUGGGAUUGCUAGGACGGCUGGAGCUGGUGCUGGACGUGUUGGGGUAGCUGAAGCUGGAGCUGGAGCUGGUUGGUCGAGCGAGUGGUUGAGCAACACCAGCAACAGAGAGAGCAGCAGCAGCAGCAGCAGCAGCAGCAGCAGCAGCAGUCGCCGCCGCAAGUAUCAACAGCAUCAACAACAACACCAGCAACACCAGCAACACCAGCAGCAGCAGCAGUCGCCGCCGCAGUAUCAACAGCAUCAACAACAACACCAGCAACACCAGCAACAACAGCAACAACAGCAUCAUGAGCAUCAACUUCAUCAACAGCAGAGAGAAUACCCAACGCAGACGAAAAGUAGUAGCAAUGCCAGCGGUCCAUAUCCCGGCGGUCCAUAUCCCAGCGGAACUGGCCUCGGAAGUGGAAGUGGUCCGGUUAGCGGAAGUGCCAUGGGAAUAAUAACCUCCACCGCAGCAGCAGCAGCAACAAGUAGUUUCAGUCUCGACACCACCCCCAGCAAUACCGCUCCUGCUCCUGCUCCUGCUCCUUCUGCUCCAUCUUCUUCUGCAGCUCACAAGCACCCUCCCAGAUCUUACAAUCCCACCAACAACAACACGGCCGACAAACACGGACACGGACACAGUGGCAUCAAAAGACUUUCUCUCACAAGAGGACGCACUUCCUCUUGGUCCUCUUGUCUUAGCAUUAAUCUCGGCCACCACUCAACCAGCGGCAGCGGAGGAGAUAAGGACAAAGACAGCCAUGAGAUAGUCCACCCAGCGCCACGUCCCUCCCCUUCCCCUCCCAUCGCUCUCCACCCCAAUGAUUCCUACGAACCCGUCUCUACCCUCCCUCCCCGACCGGCACCGCCGCCGCCGGCAUCAGCUGCGCAACGACCUGGUCGACCAUUGGCUCCUCCACCGCCACUCGGGUUAGCUGAAUCAAAUAACAACAGAGUGCCUACCGCGCCGUCGUCACCGGUUGCUAUUAAGAUUAGUGCUAUACCGACGGCGGCGGAUGCACUUGAGAGGUUUGAGGCAGCAGAGGAGGAGGAGGCGGCAGCGGCAAUACCGCCGGUUGUGGGGCAGUAUUCGAGUAAGACAAUGCCGACGCGGAAGGGGAAUGCUGGGUAUGGAAGUCGGAGUCGGAGUAGUGGGAGUUUGAGGAGGUUGUUUCAGAGGACGAGUGGGAAGGAAGGGUGGAUUUAG